CAGGUUUUGCUUACGCGUCCUCCUAAGUUUCUCACCAGAGCUCCACAGCAGGUUCAUCCAGCCUUGCUUUCACUGUAACCUCGUUUUAACUCACUUUAGCACGUUUGUUUUUUUCUCUCAGUCAACACCAGCAGAAAGUCGAGCCGUCAUCAUGACCGCUCCGACCAUCGUCUACCCGCAGCAGGCCGCUAUCGUCCAGCCAGAUGGACGUCCUCUGGAGCAGGCCAGACCACACAGUCCCAGAGCUCGCCUGGCCAGAAACUCCUCUGGAGGACCCAUCACCACAGUCGACAGCACCGGUAAUGUGAUCGACCUGGUGAAGGACCAGCUCCCGGAGCUGCAGCUCUCUGAGGAGGAUCGACAGAAGAACCUGGAGCUGCUCGAACAGGCCAAGAAGGUCAGCGACCGCUUUCUGACGCGCCGCGGCCGCCGAUCCACCAGCAGCCUCACCGACUCGCCCACAGGUCUUUCUCCAGCUCCGACACCAUCGUCCUCCCCGUGCUCAUCCAGAAGCAGCUCGCUGACCGUGGCUCCUGGACUGUCGGAGGCUCACGUCAGCCCUCAGUCUGUCGGUCAGCAUCUGGAGCUUCCUUCAGGGAGGGAGCAGUCUGACACAACCAGCCAGGAUCAAGAGGGCCGGCUGCUGGUGGACUGGAAGCCUGCUGAGAAGAGGAAGGUGUCCUCUGGGACUCUGACGCCCCGCUUUGCUGUUCAGAAGGACAGCAGCGAUCUUGCUGCGCCCAAGAGUCCUCCCUCAGCCAGUAAAGCAGAUGAGGUUUCAGGUCGAAACCCAAACCAGGCCCCGGCCACAGGGGUGGCCAAGCCGGUCCCCAGACCUCCCACCCAGCAGGCCCCCUGCACCGCCGAGAUCAAGACCAUCGGGGCCUUUCCUCCGCUGAUGAGAGCUGUUUCCUGGGACACUGUCGGCAGCCUCAAUUCUAGAAACGGAGCCCCGAGUUUCCCUCCUACAGCCGAGGACACGUUCUCAGACAAACCCAGGGAUGCCGUCUUCAAGUCCUCAGGGUACAAAGACCUCCCCACUCAGCCGGGGACGGUCCAGAAACUGUCCAAACUCAGAGAGGAGCACAAGCUGAUGCGUAACCAAAGCAUUGUGGGAUCCAAGCUGCCAGACUUGAGUGAAGCUGCCGAACAGGAAAAAGGAUCUCCAUCUUCUCCACACUCGUCCAGCAGCGAGGAGACGAAGGAGAAGUCCGACGCCAUGCCCAACAUUUCAGACAUAAUGCUGAGAAAGCUGAAGCUUCACCGCGGCCUGCCGGGCUGCGCUCCUCCGCUCACUGAGAAAGAGGUCGAGAACGCUUUCGUCCAGCUGUCACUGGCCUUUCGUAACGACAACUACACUCUGGAGACGCGGCUCAAGCAGGCAGAGAGGGAGAGGAAUCUGACCGAGGAAGACACCGAGAAAGAACUGGAGGAGUUCAAAGGAGCGCUGAAGAUGACUGCGCCGCAGUGGCAGAACCUGGAGCAGCGUGAAGCCUAUCAGCGGCUCAUCGAGACGCUGGCCGUCCUGCACCGACUGGCCACGCGACUCUCCAGCAGAGCAGAGAUCGUGGGAGCAGUUCGACAGGAGAAACGCAUGAACAAAGCCACCGAGGUCAUGAUGCAAUACGUGGAAAACCUGAAGAGGACGUACGAGAAGGAUCACGCAGAGCUGAUGGAGUUUAAGAAGCUGGCCAACCAGAACUCAAACCGCUGUUAUGGAGGAUCUGUGGACACUGGAGACGAUGGCGUUCCACGGCCAUCCAGAUCCAUGUCCCUCACCCUCGGAAAGGCGCUGCCCAGACGCAGGGUGAGCGUGGCGGUGGUGCCUAAGUUUAACCUCCUCAACAUCCCGGGUCAGACCCCAGCCACAGCUGCUCCGGUCCCCAGCGCAGGGCCCACGGCUGGUGCUACUCUUCCUGCCCUGUGUGAAGCGAACGAUGUGAAAGGCAGCACCACUCCAGAGGCAGCACAACCACCAGCACCAGCAACACCAACACAACAACCAGCAGCAGCAGCAGCAGCAGAGUGUGGAAAGAGUGCGUCUGAGCAGGAAAGUGAGCCGGCCAAGCCUUCUGUAAACUUGGAGGAGAUCAGAGCCGAGAUCAGAGCCGAGCUCAAGGCAAAGAUCGAGGAGGAGGCUUACAACAAAGGUUAUCAAGAGGGAAUGAAGCAAAGCAAAGCGCUGCAGGAGGAGAAGUGCGAAGAGGAGAGCGCUGCAGAGAAACUGCUGGAAUCGAAAAAUAAGGACGAAGAGAGCGGAAAGAGGUUCAAGAGCAGCAGGAGGAUGGAGGAGGUUCUGGCUAUUCUCACUCGGUUCUGUCCAAAGGUCCCGGUGAGUCGGCGGCUCCUCCUCAUCGCCCUGACGCUGUUCGUGGCCAUGUGCGUGGUCAUCAGUAUUUUCACAUUCUUCAGCGACUACUACAACCGACGCGAGGACACGUAAGGCCAGAGGGACUCUGUGCGAGACACGAUGGAGAUCUUUGGGGCUGAGUGUAGCAGCACCACCAAAGAACCAGCAGAACCACAGAGACCACAGUCGCCAUCGCGCCUCUGCCAGUUUACCAUAUCAUCACACUCGGACUCACUUGAAUCAAACGACCCCGAUGCUCCGGGGUCCAAGACGUUUUGGGAGGAUUUACGGAUGAGUUUUAUUUUGUUUAGAAAGUUGACAGUUUGUUUGCUGCAGCGAGAAAUAAGAAAACUUCUGUUUAGGGACCAAUUAUAUAGUGUGCUGACAUAUAUAUUUAAUUAAAUUAGAUGCACAUAUAAUGAAACGUUCUGGUUCUGGUACGUUGGAUGAAGAAUAAUAAAAGCUACAGUAGAAAUAAAUAUAUAUAUUUAUCUACACUCUAAUGUUAAAGUAUAAUCUCUCAGGUCCAGUAGUUAAUAAUGCCUUCGAGAGAUUUUGAAUUCAUAUUUAAAGAUUUUUAUUUGUUGUUGAAUUUCUAUAUUUAAAGACUUAAAUAUAAGCACAUUCCAAAGUAGUUCCUUAAGUGCAAUAUUUUUGCAGUUGAUGGUUCUCGUUUGUGUUGUUUUGGAUUGUGUCCUCAGAGCACUGACAGACUUCCCUCCUGUAUGAGAGCACUGUUUAGAUGGCAUAAGGCUUAUUUUUAUCUUGUUUUUUGCACAUGUGUGCCGCCUGCCUGUGUUGUUUGUUCUUUGUGGAUUUUAUGCUCUGUCACUUCACCUUUCAAUAAAAGGUGGCUGAAACAUG